ACGCUGCCAAUAGGGGGCAGUAUUGAUACCUAAACCCAAUUUUCUUCCCACAAUCCACCGCGGUCCUCCACAUUUGUUUGAGUGUCAAGCCCAAGAUGUCGCUGCAUCGGCUGUUCCAGUUGUCCUCUCUGCUACGCUCCGCCGUGAGCCUCACCCUGCGCAGGAACAUCGGCAUCUCUGCGGUGGUCUUCAACAAAGCCAAGGACCUCGACCCCAUCCAGAAGCUCUUCCUGGACAAGAUCCGGGACUACAGCGGCAAGAGCCAGACCUCCGGCGGUGUUGUGGAYGCGGGACCCGAGUUCCAGAAGAACAUGUCCGAAGAAGUAGCCAAACUGCAGAGGUUGUACGGAGGAGGAGACCUCAACAAGUUUCCAGACUUCAAAUUCUCUGAGGCAAAAUUUGACGAAGUCGCCAAGUGAAGGACGUCCAUGUUGUAAAUCUCCUACAUGUCUCAAGUGUGUCGUAUUUAAUAAAAGAGAGUGGAGGGAAAAUGAGGAUCUGGAUUUUAUUUGACGUGAGUUGUUCAAAUGGUAAAUAAUUUUGGGACCCAUCAAAAACCUGCGGAUAUUUUUUUUCAGAUCACAAUAUCAGAAAUAAAUGUUAUUUUGAAAUGUUUA